AUGGGAAAGAUAGUCUGUGGAAGCAAUUCACAGGUUGUGGUAGGGAAUGGGGACCAAACUUUAUUUUGGUUAGAUAAAUGGGUAGGAUCUUCUACCCUUGCUUCUAUGUUUCCAUCCUUAUUUUCCCUCUCUUCAUCACCUUCUGCUUUCAUUAGUAGUUUGAGAUUUAAGGAGAAUAGUAUUUGGAGAUGGGAGAUACAUUUUAGAAUCCAGUUAACUGGAGACUUGGUGUUUCAGUAUUUCAAUAUGUUGAACAUCAUUAAUUCUGUUUCUUUUAAUGAUUAUGAAGACAAAAGAGAAUGGUUAUGGGAAGCUAAUAAAUUUUUUUCAGUGAAGUCUUUUUAUCACUUCCUUAUUGAUGGGGGUCUAAGAUUUGAUUGUUCAAACUUAUGGGAGCUUACUAUUCCUUUAAAGGUCAAAUUUGUUGUUUGGCUGGCUCUAAGAAAUGGUUUGAAUACUACAGAUAUUUUAGCUAAAAAGGGAAUUAUCUUGCAGAGAACAUGUUGUUUGUGUACUAAAUCAGAUGAAGAUCAUUCUCAUUUGUUCCUGAAAUGUGAGUUUGUGUACUCUAUUUGGAGAUCACUUCAAUUCAAGUUGAAUACUGACAAAGAUUUUAGUUUGUCUUCUGUGAAAGAAGUUUGGAUACAGUGGACUAGUGGAUACAAGGGAGACUCUAAUUUGAAGAGAAGAGUUUUCAUUUGCUCUCUUAUAUGGUGUCUUUGGCAGGAGCGUAAUGACAGAAUAUUUUCUGAUAAGAAGAAGAGCUCUCUUACCCUCUUGAACAAAAUUGUAACUUUCUCAACAUUUUGGCUAGGAUCUGAGGGGAUCUCUGCUCGUGCCGCCAGAUUACAAGCAAGAAGAAGAAAAAGAGCUGCUGCUGCUAAAGGUGUUGAUUUUGGGAGCAAGGACACGGCUACAGUGAUUCAAUUGGAAUGA